UAACUUACUACUUUUGUUUUGCAUCCGACACGUCACUAAGGAACAAACCUAAAAAGCAUCAAACAAACAUAAUAAAAUAAGCUUUAUAGGCCCGCCAAUAUUUUAAUUAAAAGUUAUAAAAGUCCGCGUAAUAUCCUUAAGGCAAAAAAGGAUGUGCACAAUAAUUUAAUGCGAUGUUAAAAAUUUAGUUUUAUGGAGCUUGGUUUUUAAAGAGGUACGAAAAUGACGUUAUGGGACGUACAGUGGUUCAGUGAAAAAGCCGAGCAAGUAAGAAGGAGAACUUGGUUACCCUGGGGAAACAAGAAGUACCCCAAAAGGGCUAUAUUGAAAGAUGGACAUAAAAACGUGCACAGAAAAAAGAUGGCUGGCAUUCGUAGGUGGCGAUACUUACAAGACAUUUUCACCACCCUUAUGGACGCGCAAUGGAGAUGGACCCUACAAUUCUUAGCUCUGGAAUUCUUCGGUUGUUGGCUCACUUUCGCUCUGAUUUGGUGGUUGAUCGCUUUUGUACACGGAGAUCUUCAUGAAGAUCAUUUACCACUUCGGCAAGCUGAAACUGGUUGGACUCCUUGCAUAUUAAACAUCCAUGGGUUUCACUCGGCUUUCUUGUAUUCCUUGGAAACCCAGCACACCACAGGCUAUGGACUUCGAGUCAUUACUGAAGAAUGUCCAGAAGCUAUUUUUAUUUUAGUGUGCCAGUGUCUAAUUGGAAUGACUCUUGAUUCGUUUGCCAUAAGUAUAGUAUUCGCCAAACUUAUUCGAUCGAAACACGCUACCAGUACCAUCCAGUUUUCCAGAAACGCCGUUAUUUCCAGACGGGAGGGCAAACUCAGUUUUAUGUUCAGAGUUGGGGAUUUGAAAAAAAGCAGACUGGCGGGUGUUAGUGUUAGAGCAAUUUUGCUUAAGAGCAAACGAACACCAGAAGGAGAAAUUGUCCAAAGUUACCAAACAGAAUUAACUCUCAAAGCAGACGAUGGUUCUAACGACCUGUUUUUGAUCUGGCCUUUGAUAGUCUAUCAUGAAAUCGAUGAAAAUUCUCCUUUACGCAAUCUUACUGUACCAGAACUCAUGAAAAAUCAAAAAAUCGAAAUCAUAGUAAUUUUGAACGCUACAGUGGAAAGCACUGGUGUGACAAUCGAAGCCAAGUCAAGCUACUUAGCAAAUGAAGUAUUAUGGAAUCACCAGUUUGAAGGGAUGGUGUCUUAUAAUAAACAUUCAGAGUGUUACGAAACCGAUUGGAGUAAGUUCGAUGAUACCAGGGUGGUCAGUGCUGAAACGGAAGCAAUAGAAAAGUCCGGAUCACAAAGUAGCAAUCAUUCGAACGAACCCAAAAAUAAAAAUUCUUUGGAAACUGAAGGGUUUUUAAGUGAUGAAAUUUUGCCUCCUUUAUACCAGGAUGCAUACUUCAUACCACCUUACACUAAGCCCGCCGAUCCAGCAAUUCCAGAACAUGGCAAAACUCGUCAGAAUUCUUAUCAAAAAUAUUUUUACAAAUAUGGGAAAUUGCCUGAUAUUGAAGAGGGACAAGAGGCCAAUGUUACACUAGUAUAAACCAUGUAUGGUUAACCUAAAUAUAUUUUUGUGAUAACA